CAGAGCGGCAACAGAAACAGCAGCAGCAGCAGUGUGAGACACGUUUCACUCUCACGAGCGCCAACAACACAGAGGAGCAGGAUGGGAAAGCUGAGCGGCUGAGCAAGAGGAGGAAGUGAGACAGCCAUAUAGAAAGCAAGACAUCAGGGAGAGACGCAAGAAGACAGAACGACAGCUGAUUUUUUGACAGCCACCUUAUUUUUGCUGUUAAUAGACAUUGUGGUGCUGACUUGCCAUUGUGUCCUGAUAGAUUAGACUCAACAUAUCCACAGGAAGAGGAAGUUUGCUUGUAAACACCAGAGGUGGCUUAAGGUUUUGGACUCGACGUGGUUCAGGGAUGUCCUGGUUGUCUCCCGUCCAGUGGGCCAAAUGGACGUGGUCAGCAGUGACUGGGGGUGCCGGAGAAGAUGGGCAUCCCAGAGUGAAGGAUGCCGGAGAGGACAAUUCAGACUCGGAGGGAGCCUUCGAGACUCCAGAGGCUGAGUCUCCAGGUGUUGUGAAGCUACUGAACCAACUGGACAACUGCAACCACACAGGUCGUCCCGAUGUGACAAACCACUUUCUGGACAAGAACUCUAAAAUAGAGGAGGUUGAUUCUCUGAACAACCUCACCAUCUCUUCUCCUGACAACAGCAGCUUCUGUUUGGAUCAAAACCUUAAUUUGACGAUAAGCAGCAAACCCAGUCCAGGAGAGGGCCUCUCCCCAUCCACCCCUCUGCCCCAGCCUCCAGCUGUCAGGCCCCCUUCGUUGUCUGUCCACUCCCCACUGAACAAACCCGAUCCUACGGAGGUGGACGACGAGGCUCCAGUGACAUCCGACUCCAGCCCAGACUCAAACUUGAUCCCCAGUCGUGACAUUUGUGUGGAUCCCGAUUUGCUCAAUGGCAACAAAAACUCUAUGCUGUUAAACACAAAUCUGACCUGUGACAACAGCGACGCCAUAAUCACGAACUCCUGUAAAGUGAAACAGAUCCAGCCGCAGACGCAAAAAGAAUUCAGUGAACAGGAUGACCAUCAUGGAGGCCACGCCACAGACGAGGAGAAGUUGGCGAGCAGUGCGAGCGUCCAAGACUGCCAAGUGACGUCCAAACCUGAGGAGUCAGACUGCUGCUCUGUGCAGUACGACGACACGUGCAAACUGAAGAGCAACUCCAGGGAAUGUGAGAUGCAGAAAACAGGAAGUCAGGUCCUUGAUUCCAUCUGCAUCAGUGAAACAGAGAAGCAAGCUGUUCUCACUCUCAUUAGAGAGGAGAUCAUCACUAAAGAGGUGGAAGCCAACGACUGGAAGAAAAAAUAUGAGGACUGCAGACAAGAAGUCAAUGAGAUGAGGAAGAUUGUUGCAGAAUACGAGAAGACAAUUGCUCAGAUGAUCGAGGACGAGCAGCGCAACAGCGCCAGCUCCCAGAAGGCUUUGCAUGCAGUGACGAUGGAGAAGGAAGCAGCGCUGGCCGACCUGAACUCAGUGGAGCGCUCUCUGUCUGACGUGUUCCGGCGUUAUGAAAAUAUGAAGAGCACCUUGGAGGGCUUUAAGAAAAAUGAAGAGGUUCUGAAGAAGUGUGCUCAGGAUUAUCUUGCCAGAGUCAAACAGGAGGAGCAGAGAUACCAGACACUGAAAGUCCAUGCUGAAGAGAAACUAGAUAGGGCCAAUGAGGAGAUCGCUCAGGUGCGUACGAAGGCGAGCUCAGAGAACGUAGCGCUUACCGCAGGCCUGAGGAAGGAGCAGAUGAAGAAUGAGUCUCUGGAACAAGCGCUGCAGCAGAAGAAUCAAGAGAUCGAGGAACUGACAAAGAUCUGCGAUGAGCUGAUCGCCAAAAUGGGAAAAAUUGACUGACAGCCUCUCCCUGUGACUCAUCUUCUACUGUCCCUCUGGUCCUGCCCUGUGCAUGCGCCCAGCCAGGAAGCAGCUCUUCUACCCUGUGCUAGCUCUUCCUCUCAGAGACUGCUCAUGUACACAUGUUUAAAGUUAAAGUUAAAGUUUAAACUUCCUGUACACUACUAUUGCACUACAUGUGACCAGAAUCAACAGAGGUGCUGUAGAUUGUUCAUUAUCUCCGGGAGUUUUGUUCUUUGUGGUCACUUUCUUUUGUUUGCAUUUACUGCCCUGUAUGAGCUCAUCUUGGCCCCUUAUGCUUUCGUCCAUCGUGCCAGCCAACAACAACCUGCUUGUGAGUCAACUUAAAACUCCCAGCAGCUUAACAGCUCAAUUCCGCAAACGCUCGUGCAGGAUGACAUCAGACUUACUGCAGGAUGUUUAGGAGUCUCAUUUGGGCGUGUGCUCUGAUGGGCUUUUGACAAGGGUUGUAUAAAAACUACAAUCCAUAAAAUGUAUUUUUCUAGGAGGUAAACAAGAAUUUCACUCUGAUAGAGAGAGGCUCAGGGGCGCUGUAUCGGGCAGAAUGAGGUCAGAGUUAAAGUCAAGCUGCAUAAGAGCUGAAGAGGAGGAUUUCAGAUUGUUUGAGGAAGUACAGGAGUCCUCAUGGGCCUUGGCUUGUUUAAGAGUGACACUGAAACCUGAGGGAAUCUGGACCAGACUUCAGUGAAUCUAAAACUGCAAAUAAUUCUCAGCUUCGGCUUCACAUGAUUUACAGUAUGACACAGUUUAUGUUGUAGAUUAUUUAAAGAGCAGCAGAAUAUAUGUUUAAUUCACAGAAACGUAUAAUUACCUGACAAUCAUAGACUUCCCUGUGACUGUAUAAACACCACUGAUCAUCAACUGUCAUGUAGAGAAUCCUGAACAACUGGAACAAAAGUACAACAUAAUGACACUGUAUUUCAGUCAAGUGCUGCAUUGUCACUUUCCUUUAACGUCACUCUUUCACAGUGUGUUCACUUUACCUCUCACCGCGGGAGAAACGAAAAACAAAAAAGAAUUCAAAAUCUUUGUUAGAAGGUUUUUUUCUGUUGCUUAUUUGUGAUUAUUCAACAAAUAAAUAGAUUUCUAUGCAUGUUGCUUUUUACACCUUUGCAUUUCUCAGGAUUUACAUUUUUUUUGUUAACAUGUUAGUAAAACUACUUUGAUUCAGCAGCAUAUUUACCUCGAUAUAAUACAGUGUAUUAUUUGCAGAUCUGUGAUAUAAAUCGAGCAGUUUCUGGUUAACAAAGUGAAACAAGCUUUUGUCACUUUAGGGGUCUCCAUCCUCAGUUCAUUGGAGUCAGUCACUGCGUCCUAAACACCGUGUAAAUCCACUCAUGACACAAACCCUGCCACAGUUUAUAUUUGUGCCAUACUAAUGUCACAUUGCCUCAGCUGUUUGUCUUUAUUUUAUGAAAUAUUGUUUUCUCACUGGCACCCCGACUCCCUGUGACAGGAAAGAAAGGUUAAACCUUUGACACCAUUCCAGCCUCAGCUCUCUUGAUUUAGAUUUAUUAUUUUUAACAAGUGAUUUUUAAUACUUAUGGAGUUUAAUUUGAUCGAGCUCGUUGCUCUGCCACUGCUAUCGUUCAUAGAUAAAUAUCUACACUGCAAUCAAAGUGAAGCUGUGACCCUUAGCUUACGUUGAAGUGUGUAACAUAAUACUUUACUUGAGCCAAUAAAACCAACAGAUCCUUUGGGCUUGAAAAUCUAUCAACAUGCUCAAGUCUAUGGAAGGAGAGCUGCUGUAAAUGGGCGUCUGCUCUGCUGUGUCUGAAUGAAAGGGUUACUCAGUAGGGUGCUAUACCAGAGGAAGCAGGGUAGACUACCUUCUAGGUGUAGUCUGUAGAAACUUUAUUAGUGUAAAACCCUCCAGAGCUAAAGGCUUGGACACUUUAAACAGAGAGCUGGUCCAGACCUCCUGUAUGGAGGGGUAUCCUGGGAUCUAACAGCCCUUUCCUGAGUCACGGUUUGUGUUUGUAAAUUAGAAAUGGGAUUGUCACACUUGUGUUGAGGACUUACAGUGAUUGUUUGUACAUUUGCUUGAAUAAAUAUAAUUUGCUCCAC